CCGGAAUUAUACUUAUUUUAUAUACAAAAGUGAUUACAAUAUUGAUUGUUGUGUUGAUUGCGUUGAGAGUUAGAUAACUGUCACUGGAUUUGAGACAAUAGCCACACAAUAGUCACACAAUGAGACGCAACACAUGUUUACCACUUUUUGUGUUCAUAUUAAGUAUGUAUUCAUUGAAUGAAUGCAACGCUCAGUGGAAAGAGUUUAAAGACACAGUUUUGGGCACCGGAUGUCUCAUCACAAUCACACCCAAACUCACCACCGAUUGUCUUCAGGCCUUCGACAACGAACUCAACGCCAGACCCAAACAGGACAGGGAUCAGAAGGUGCUGUGCUGUGCAUAUCUGUCGCUCCAGUCCUGUGUACUGAAGAUCGCGGAGAAAGAGUGCAAUGAAGAGGGAGAAGGAGUGGCCAAAAGUUUCCUCAAAACAAUCAAUCGAAGCAUUACUUCAGAUGAUUGUAUUGAUUACGGACUCAUCACUUGCAUCACAAUGACUCAGAUGGCGGUCGGGGGUGCGCUCGCACUCGCACUGCUUUUGCUGCUGUCUUGCAUUUGUUGCUGUUGUUGUCGAGGAGGCAAACACAGGGGUCGUGUCGUCUAACAUGAAUAACACGCGUCAUCCCAAAUAAUCUUAUUAUAGCCCUAUUAUAGCUAUACUUUUGCCAUAUAUCACAGAUUGUAGCAUGGUACCUUUCAAUUGUACUCCUCAUA